AUGAGCGGGCGCCCGGCAAAGCCGUACGAUGAUGAUGACGUGGAUGAGGAGCUGCUUGAAGAGGAAGAAGAUGUGGAAGAAGAAUUAGCGGAGGAGGAGGAGGAAGAGGAGGAGGAGGACGCAGACUCCAACAGCAAGAGUGGUACGAAGAAAGGCGGGCGAAAGAAGCAGAAGGACGACGACGAAGAGGAGGAGGAGGAGGAAGAGGAGGGACGCGAUGGCGCGGUGGAGAAGGAUGACACUAACAAGAAGCUGAAGAAGGCGUCGGACGAGGNGAGGACGCAGACUCCAACAGCAAGAGUGGUACGAAGAAAGGCGGGCGAAAGAAGCAGAAGGACGACGACGAAGAGGAGGAGGAGGAGGAGGAGGAGGAAGAGGAGGGACGCGAUGGCGCGGUGGAGAAGGAUGACACUAACAAGAAGCUGA